GUUCAGAUUGCAUUGAUGUUUUGUUCAAGACAAGAGGCUGUUUUUUGUUGUUGUUCGUCCAUGGUGACUUGUAAUGUUUGUUGUGGGAACAGUCAAGUUAUCUGGUCUCGACCCCUCUCAUACUGGAUUCGUAAAUACUGGUAAAGGAUAUAAUCUCUGAAUCGUUUCUAAAAUAAUGGACAAUCCACCGGUGAGCAUUUCAUCGGGCAGAAACUUGGGAGAAAAACUUUUCUCCUACAUCGAUAACAACGUCGUUGGCAAGGAUGCAGUCUUUCAGAGCAAAUACGGAAAACGUCGAGUUGUCUACUGUGACUACACGGCAUCCGGCAGAUCACUAUCAUUCAUCGAGGAUUUCUUACGUAAGAAUGUGAUGCCGUACUAUGCCAACACGCAUACGACCACCGGAAUUACAUCUCGUCAGUCAACAUACUACCUACAGGAAGCGAGGGAUAUCAUUCGCAACGCUGUCAAUGCAAGCAGCAAGGACAGUGUUCUCUUCACGGGAAAUGGAUGUACGGGAGCCAUUCACAAACUGGUGUCAUGCCUCUGUGAAACCUGGAGCAGUGACAAACAACAACCGGUGGUGUUUACAGGACCAUAUGAGCACCACUCAGUCAUCUUACCAUUCAGAGAAGCUGGAUUCGAAGUGAUCCGAGUUGGCCAAUCCCCAGAUGGCGGAGUUGACAUGGAAGAGCUGGAGAGUAAACUCAAGGAUCAGCCGGACGGUCGCCAUGUUGUUGGUUGCUUUUCUGCUGCGUCGAAUGUCACCGGACAGCUGGUGGACACGACUGCGUUGUCCAUCUGCCUGCAUCGACAUGGAGCACUGGCAUUCUUUGACUAUGCUACCGCAGCACCGUAUGUACAGAUGGACAUGAAUCCGGUGACGCAGGAGAAUAUUAACCACCAUCUUGCACAUAAGGAUGCCAUCUUCAUCUCGCCUCAUAAGUUUGUCGGCGGUGUGGAUACUCCAGGUGUUCUCGUUGCUAAAAGCAUCCUGUUCUCACGUCAUGCACCGAGUGUGUCCGGCGGUGGAAGUGUUCUCUUUGUGUCCAGGUCCACGCAUACGUACCUGAGCGAGACUGAGCUGCGCGAAGAGGCCGGUACUCCCAACAUCCUCGCCAGCAUCCGCGCUGGCCUAGCCUUCCAGCUGAAAGAGGCGGUGGGCACCACAGCAAUCAUGCAGCGCGAACACGACUUGUUGUGUCGUGCGCGGACUGUUCUUACGUCCAGUCCCAACAUCACCGUCCUGGGUAACACGGACUCGGAGCAGCGGCUGCCCAUCUUCUCGUUCCUGGUGCGCCACCCGGCCACCGGUCGCUUCCUGCACUACAACUACGUCAGCACGCUGCUCAAUGAUCUGUUUGGUAUACAGACGCGCGGUGGCUGCAUGUGCGCUGGACCAUAUGCACUGGACCUGUUGGGCAUCAAGGAAGAUGUUGCUCUGGAGUUGUACAAGCACCUUGAGGAAGACGAUGGCCUGGAUCAGCUGCACCUACGCCGCUACCACUUCUACUCCAAGCGUGGUAUUCUCAGACCUGGAUUCUCUCGCUUCAGCUUGCCAUACUUCAUGAGUGACGAGGAGGUCGACUACAUUCUCAGCGCCAUCGCACUGGUCGCAGAACACGGCUGGAAGCUCUUACCACAGUACAAAUUUGAUAUUCACAGUGGAGAAUGGAAGCAUCUUCUAGAUCCGAUCCAGCGCCAGUGGCUCGGAUCCAUCAGCUAUGCAUCGGGCGGUCUCACGGCACCGACUAUGGUUCCUGCUGCUGGCAGCGACGGCGAUGCUGCAGUUCCGUCGUACAAGGAAUGUCUCUCUCUAGCAACACAAGUGUUUGAGUCGGCUGCCAGUACACUGGACACUGGAGCACAAGCCGACCAGAGACUCGUGUUACCGGAGAGCGCCGAGCGCCUGCGCUGGUACGUGUUACCUUCCGAGAUCACCUCAUCUAUCCGCAGUAACACCGAGAAUGGCGAUAACCAAUCAGCAGCCAGUUCUAGUAUACCAGUACAGCCAGUUACAUCAUGCAGUUAUCACACUGCAAGUGCGCAACAAGAAAGCUCUUCCGUUGGUCACCCGUCCACACACUGUAACGAUGAUCGUCCUUCAGCAGGCAAUGCUUGCAAUGGCGGGUCACAUAGGGAGGUGGAAUCAUCAACGGGACCGACGAAUCAACAGACGUCCAGUGUUGAAGCGGAUGGAAGAACGUCUGUUGGUGUGGACACAAGCCGUAGUAAUACCGACAAUGCUUGCAGUGCUCGUGUUCCCAGUGACUUAUUCCUGUCCUGGCCACCAGCGCACCAGCGGCUGAGAGCAUUCACCGACCAAAACCGGUCAUGCUCCGCAUGUACUGCUCGUCCUGAGUCCACUGUCAAUGGCCAAUCAACUUCAGACAACAGCACCAGUCCUGUUAGCACCGACAACUCCUCACAGGAACGUGAUCAAGUCUGCCAACUCAAGUCCGCCAAGGGUCGUCAGCAGAAGGCUGACGCCGCGGAUAGUAAACCGAGAUUUGUUUCACCUCCGAAGGCCAUUUUCAAACUUGUCCUCAAGGCAUUGGAUGAGUUCUCCAUGAUUGGUAAUGGAGAUCGAGUACUUGUGGCGUUGUCGGGGGGCAAGGACUCGCUGUCGCUGCUUCACACACUGCACCAGUACCAGUUUGUCGCUAAGAAGAAGGGCAUCUUGUUUGACCUUGGAGCAGUGACUAUCGACCCGCAAACAGAGGCGUACGACCCCAGUCCACUCAAAGCGUACCUGUCUGCUCUGGGUGUUCCUUAUUACUACGAAGAGCAGGGUAUUCUGGCGAAGGCCACAGCAUUGGGUGAGGAGUGCACUUCUAUCUGCAGCUUCUGCUCCCGUAUGAAGCGUGGCCGCCUGUACGCAGCGAUGCGACGGGAAGGCUACAACGUUCUGGCCAUGGGACAACACUUGGAUGAUUUGACUGAGAGCUUUAUGAUGUCAUGUUUUCACAAUGGAUUACUCAGAACCAUGAAAGCCAACUACACUGUGCAGAGCGGCGAUCUGCGUGUCAUUCGCCCGCUGGUCUUUGUCCGCGAGGAGAUGCUGCGACACUUUGCCGAGCAAGCGCGCCUGCCGGUGAUCACGGAGAACUGUCCGGCGUGCUUCGAAGCACCCAAGGAGCGCCAUCGCGUUAAGCGCCUGCUGGCCGAGCAAGAAGCAAUCUUCCCGCAGCUGUACCGCUCUCUGCAGUCCGCACUUCACCCGUUGAUGGCAAAGCGGUCUUGCGGCAUGGAGAGUGGGUGCGGCAGCACUCGCCCACUCAACAAUGGAGCGUCUGGUGAAGCACGCCAUGACGGUAUAUCAGAUGAGGAGGAUUGAGACUUUGAGAGUGUAGUGUGUGAGAAUAUUUAAUGUUACCCACUCAUUGUAUCUAUCUGGGACGGGCGCAUGAUGUGUAUAGACUUGUGUGAGUGUCCUGCGGCCGUCGGCUGUAUUUGUAGUGGCAGUAGUGUGUGCAUCGGUGUGUGUGUGUGUGUGUGUGUGUGUGUGUGUGAGAGAGAGAGAGAGAGAGAGAGAGAGAGAGAGAGAGAGAGAGAGAGAGAGAGAGAGAGAGAGAGAGAGAGAGAGAGAGAGAGAGAGAGAGAGAGAGAGAGAGAGAGAGAGAGAGAGAGAGAGAGAGGGGGGUUAAGCACUCUGUACACUGUACUGCCAGUGUCUCUUUCUCCUUGCCUCUCCUCCUCUAGCCUGGUUGCUCUGGAUGCACCUGUGCUUCCUAUUUAAAAAACUUCCUACACAGAGCUGCUGCAGCUCCAGCAGCAAACACAAUACAACACACACUGGACUGCCAGAACUCAGCAGGGAUGCACCCUUUUCAGUUCUUGCUCCAAUGCUGCAUAAUCAUGCUGCUCCCCUCUGUUACUCAUUCUUUUCAGAUCGGACUUACUUGGAUCGAAAUCAUGGCACCAGCAGAGCACAACUGGCUCUUCGGCUCUCUUUCAAUAAUGUGUUAUCUUUCAUGUACACUACCGAUGGCUUUCAACCAGUUUAUAUCGAUCAUCACAUAAUAUUUAUUUGCUUUUUCUGCUGCCUAUAGAUGCUCUGAACUUAGCCAUACUAUGCCUCAUCGAAGAAACAUCUGAGUAUUAGAAAUGAUCAAACGCGACGGUACUGCA